GGGAGUGAGGCUGCCCGUAAUAAAGUUGGCUGCCACCUCCCACUGUUUUCGGGGAAGUUGAGGCCAUGCUCUCAGGAGUCACCGCUGUGACACGCUAUGGUCCAGGGGGCUAGACGGGACAUGCCCGGAACUGUGAGGCGCAACAGAGACACUGGGAAAGGGUGUACCAGGCCUUCACGGCCCUCUGUUGGAAGCUGUUGACUGGCUGUUCUGUUGCAUCCUGCCCUAGGAAACAGUCUUGAGAGGAAAAGAACAGCAAAUAUUCGACCUCCCAGCUUGCCCAGAAGAGUAGCCGUUUUGGAAACCAUUUAGAUUUGGUCCUCCAGCAGCUAGAAGGACUAUGAGCCAGCAGCAACCAAUCAAGGCCCACCAGACUGAAAUAAAAGAAGCUGCCUAUUAUCAGCAAUUGGUCCAGAAUGGCAAGGAACUGUACCCUGGAAAGGUUUUGGACUGUGUGAUCCGGCCAGUGGGCUGAGCCACAGAAGACCUGCAGAAGUAGGCUGAUGGCCUGCUGGGAGCUGAAGAGUGGGAGUACUAUGUCUGGAUCCAAGGUGGUGCUCAAAGAGGGAACCGAGUCGGACGGAGGCGGCUGCGGAAACAAGACCAGGGACCCAUCGGUGCCUCCCCUCAUCUACCUCACUAGCCAUUGCUGCCGUCCGCCCCCUCCUGUCUCUGGAAGGUUUUGUAUAAACUGUUUACAAACCAUGACUCUCCAUGUUCCAUACGUAAGCUGAUAAAGCAUCUAUGCACUUUAUUCUCAUAUCUCUGCCAGUUUGCUAGUAUAAGUGUGAGCCCGUGUCUUGAAUUUUUGGAUACAAAGACUUACUAGCCAAAGUCUCAUUCUUGCCUUAGUAAUGUUCCAGAGGCUGAAUAAUAUGUUUGUGGGAGAGAUCAAUAACUUGUCCAGCCAAGAGCCAGAGUUCAGUGAAAAAGAAGAUGAUGAAUGGAUUCUGGUUGACUUUAUAGACACUUGCACUAACUUUUCAACAGAAGAAGCAGACAUCAGUGAAACAUCAGCUGCUGACCACUCCCCAGUCUUUUCUUGUUUACCAACUUCCUUAGAGUGUUUGGCUGAUGCCAGCGAGUCUUGCUUCAUCCAGUUUGACUCAUGUCCCAUGGAGGAGAGCUGGUUUAUUACCCCUCCCCCAUGUUUUACUGCAGGUGGAUUAACCACUAUCAAGGUGGAAACCAGUCCUAUGGAGAAUCUUCUAAUUGAACAUCCCAGCAUGUCUGUAUAUGCUGUCCAUAAUACCUGUCACAGUCUAAAUGAGACUAGCUGUGGAGAUGAGGAGUUUCAUAAUCCAAGUAGUCCAAGAAUGGAAGCGCGAAAUGAAAUGGGGCAGCAUAUUCAUUGCUACGUUGCCACUCUUGCCGCUCACUCAAGUUUUCUGGAACAAACCAAGAGUUUUCGUCCAACCCAGUGGAUAAAAGAACAUAAUGAAAGACCCCAUCUCAACAGAAACAGUCUCCGUCGCCAAAAUUUUACCAGGGAUUGCCACUCUCGGCAAAUCAAGCACAAUGGAUUGUUUGUUCACCAGCCUUGCCAGCGUCAGUACAAUUACUGAAGGCUUUUGAGGUUUUAAUCCUAUCGGUUAAUUGUUCUUAGCUUGCUCUUGUUUUAAUGUAUAGAUAAUGAAGGUGUGAUCAAUCUGAAGCUGACCAUCAAUCAUUUGAACACAAUCCUGACUAGUGUUACAUUAGUUUGAAACCACAUUUACAUAUAGUGUAUCAAAAAAUGCCUUGCUAUAGGUCCUAAAUGGUUAUCUUAAAUAUUUCAGUGUCUUGGAAAUGUGUGUGAGUGUGGUUUUUAACUUUACUACGAUGUAUGGAUGGGUUUUAAAGAAAAUUCUAACAAAGAUGGAACAUGCAUUCUUCAGUCAUAUGAAGUUACAAAAUUAUUGGGGUCAGCCAUAUACUUUAAUAACUAGUGCUUUUGACAGCUUUGUAUGUCUGUAUAUACUGUGUACACAGUUAUAUUCUAACAUAAGCAUUAAAAGGCUAUAGUUGCCAAUGGAUUUGGAGUAGAUGUCACUAAACUCUUAUUGAAAGAAGGAUAACUCUAGAUUUAAUCUAAAUUCAGGGGUGAAAGUAAGUUAGAGGACUUACCAGUACCCCGGAGUCCUGAGCAGGGGGCGUGGCCUCAACCAGAAGGGGUGUGGCCUUAAGUCCCCGGGCCCUUUAAAUCUUGAUUUAAAGGGCCAGGGCUCCAGCUGCGGUAGUGGCGGCUGGGAGCCCAGGGCCCUUUAAAUCACCCCUGAGCUACCAGCUGCAGAGGCGGCUGGGAGCCCCGGGGCUCGGGUGUGAUUUAAAGGGCCCAGGGCUCCAACUGCCGCUACCGCAACGGAGCCCCAGGCCCUUUAAAUCACUGAGGAGCCCUAGGGGCUCCCAGCUGCCACCGCUACCCCGGGGCUCUGGGCGUUAAAGGGCCUGGGGCUCCACUGUGGUAGCAGCUGCCGGAGCCCCGAGCCCUUUAAAUCCCCGCCUGAGCCCUGCUGGCCAAGCCCUGGGGUAGCGGUGGCCGGGCUCCAUCGGAGAUUUAAAGGGCCCCGGGGCUCCAGCCGCCACUACCGCCCCGGCCCUUUAAAUCUCCACCGGAGCCCCACCGCCGCUACCCCAGGGCUUCGGCAGCAGGGGUCUGGCAGGGAUUUAAAGGGCCCCGGUGCAGUAGCGGCGGCUGGUGCUCCGGGGCCCUUUAAAUCCCCGCCAGAGCCCCGCCGCCGCUACCCCAGGGCUCGGGCAGCAGGGCUCAGGCGGGGAUUUAAAGGGCCCAGGACAGUAGCGGCAGCUGGAGCUCCAGGGCCCUUUAAAUCCACGCCAGAGCCCUGCCGCCACUACCCCAGGGCUUUAAAUUGCCCUCUGGGAAAGCUGGUCCUGGUACAGCGCACCGGCUCUUACCGCUACACCGUACCAGGGCGUACCAGCUUACUUUCACCUCUGUCUAAAUUAGAUAUUAUCUGCUUGCAUUAAACAAACCAAUUUAAUUACGGUUGUCAGGUACUUCAUAUAAGCAGCAGAAGAGAGUAAAAUGUCCACCUGAUAGUACUGGAAUAAGAUGUGGCACAAAUGUUACAGGUAUUUGGAGAGGGACAAACUUUGUGCCUUAUAUGGAGUGAAAUGAAAAGUAGACCUAUGGGUUAUUAAAUAUAGACACUUAACCCAAAGAUUCCAUCAGUAUUUUAGAUCAUGCAACCUUUGCUCUCUUCCCCCUCCCCCCCUUUUUUUUUCUUCUUUUUCCUUUCUCCACUUUUCUUUUCUUUGGGGAGAGGAUGCAUUCAUUACAUACCUCCCAAAACUUGGUUAGUUUAUCUGUAGUCUGAACCAAGGAGAAAGGGCUAGACUGACUGUCUUCUGUAAUAGGUCCAUCUGCAGCUGAAACACCUUCUGCAGAACCUAUUCUGGUGGAUGGUGGGUACAGGUGGGCUUCCGAGCUGCUGAUACUGCCUCGAAUUGAUCAAGUGAUAGAUUAGGAAUGGCUCACAAACUGCUGGAUGGAAAACCUAUUUCCAGAUGAGGUCUUGCACCCCUCCCAAUUCUUUCCCAAUGAGAGAAUAAAAUUGAGGUGGCCAUGACUGGAAGUGAUGAAAGGCAUAACAUUAUAAAUACAUUCUAACACUACUAGUCUUCCAGAAUUAAACAGUGCUAGGAGGGUAUAUAAAAGUGAAGAUGUAGGAGCUACAUUAAUAGUGGCUAUUUCAUUGCUCACGUGGCAUAAAAGCAGAAAAAUAUCUUACUUGAUGUUAAUUUUAUAGACCAGUGGGGGAGAGGGGAAAGUACAGAACGUUAAACAUCCUCUUCAAAAAAUAUUAAAAUCUUGCAUGAUCUUCUGGAAGGAAGCAUGCCUUGAAAGGCAAAGCUACCAAAUUUGAUAGUGUAGAUUCUUCUAGACAGCCACACUACAAAAUCAACCAUGAUAGAUAAUUCUUGGAAAUUUGAGUAAAUCAAGGAACGAGUGGGGAGCGAGGAGAAUAGUGAAGCUUUACUCUUCCUCUUUUGUUUCCAGUGCUUCAUCUGUGAUCACUGCUUUUCCUGCAUUUGCUGCUAAGGCAUAUAAAUGUUAGUCACAUUCAACAGUGUCUUCCAGCUGAAAUCAUGUGGAAAAGCCUCAGCACUAUAAAACGUGUAUAUGGGUGGCUUUAAUUUUUGUGUUUAGAUGAGACCAAUAAUGCUUAAGAAUUAUUUCAAACCUAUGAAAUGUUCUUUGAAAUAUGGCCAAAUGUUUCAAUUUUGCUGAUACAAAAACCUAAUGCCUUGUAGUAAUCUUGCAGUAUGAGUAGCACUGCAUAUAAUAUAUGCAGGCUGAACUCUUGUGGAGCGUAAUCUUCCUAAUCCUGUAGCAAAUAGCCUUCUGGUCCCCAAUUCCGUUCAAAUAGUCCAUUUUUUCUGGUUUUAGUUAGCAGUUUAACUGCCAUGUGUAUCUAUAAAUGUAGCACUAUCUACAUUGCUUUUAUGUGUACUCCUGUCAUCUUACUGGGAUAUAUCCCUAGAAGUGCUGGGAGGUCAUCUAGUCUAGCCCCCUGCACUUAGGCUGGAUCACAUCUAUAGACCAUCCCUGAAAGCUGUUUAGUCUAACCUGUUCUUUAAAACUUCCAGGGAUAUGGAGCAUAGGUUUUGCUUUGAGUGAUUACGUAUAAGUGCUUAAUGCCAGUUCAGAAUGUAGAUGAUUUUUGUUGGUGUUCUUACCUCUUCUUUUUUUAGUGAUGCAUAUCCAUAUAUAUACAGUGAUAUUUUCCUCUGGGCUAGAAACUCUCAAUUAUUUAUCCAAGAAUAAUUUUGUAGCUUCACCAAUCUCGUAUUCCUAGAGUCUCUCUCAUUUGCUCACGGAGAUCUUAAUUUUGCUUCCGGUAUGAUUCCUUUUCAUUUCCACUCUUCCUCUGCCCUUCUUUCAUCUCCUCCCCGCGCACACACACAUACAUAUGUGUACACACACACACUUUCCAGCUCAGGAGACUCCUUGCUUUAAUUUUUCUCUUCCUAAAUAACUACUUUCCUUCAGCUUUAAUUUUCCUAAAGUUAAAUGAAGGAAGAUGGAAUCUCCACCUCUCGGAAUUAAAAGGGUUUUGUAAUCCUUUAACUUUUUAGUGGAGGGGAAGUGCAUGGCUCCCAAGCAUUAGAAUUGGAGCCUCCUUUUUUCAGUUGGCAAGUAAAAGCAAUUUUAGACUGCUCCUAAAAAGUGGGAGAUACUAAUCUUUUUUUUUUUUUUAUUCUAUAUUACUGGAUAACUUUCUAGUGAUGAAAUCCUAUAUCUUUCAGGAUAUAAACUUUUUUGUUGCACAAAAGCUGUGCCUCUCAAUUCUUAAUAUUGGAAACCAUGCUAUAUUGUAUGAAAUAUAUACAGUCCUUCAUCAGUGACUUUUUUUUUGUUAAUUUUGUCUUGCAUAUUUAUGUUACUAGUUCUAUUUUGUGCCUGGAGUUCUUGGGCAGUUUUUUUGUUGUUGUUCUCUAGUAGUGUGUGAGUUGUAUGGCUUUUUAUAUGGUUUUUGAACAGUAGUAAAACAUAUUGUUUGUUGUAAAAGUGGAGGCCUUGCACUGUCUCAGAUGCUGAUUCGUUAAUUUUGUUGAAACUGUGUUUCCGUAUGUAUCGGUCAAUAGACAGAUGUGUUGUAAACAAACCUGUGCCUUCUAGGUUUAACUAACUUGUACACAGCAAACUUGAAAAUUCAAAAGGGACAUUUCAGUUAAGAUAAAUACUGUACAUCAGUCUAUGCAUAUAUGGCAGCUGCUUUCUGGAGCCACUUUCUCUACUUGUAGCAGUUCUUUUGAUAUCAAAGGUUGUCUGGCACUUAGUUUGAAUAGGCAGUUUGAUACAAGCUGAACAACAACAAAAUACAGCACUUUGCCAAAAAGUAGCAUUGCUUAAACAAUGUGUAUUUAAUAACACAACUUCCUGUAUUUUGGUUUCAUGGUGCAUCUUGCACUUCAUGAAGAAACUUAUGAUCUUAACUAUCAAUAAAAAUUGGCCUGUUAUUAAA